AUGUUUUGAAACAGUAAAUUUUUACAGAAUGGUUCCUUUUUUAUUACAAACUUGCGACUGAGAGGAUAUUUGACCGCAUAAAGAUUUCACAUCAAGCACUAAAUAACAGAAACAAGUCGGUAAAGUAUUUGUUUAAACAAUUACAUGUUUAUUCGAGAUCUAGACAGCAUGGUUGGACCAAAAGUCUUGAUAAUCAUCAUGUGGAUAAUGACAGGUGCUGUAAGCAACAAGUGGGAAAUUAAAAUGCCUCCACAUAUUGAUGCAAUAAGUGGUUUCUGUGUUGAAAUCCCCUGCAAGUUUGAUAUUCCAGAGUCAUUUAAAAAGCACCUGAACAAAUCUGUUGAAGCAAUAUGGAGGAAAACCGAGGCAACCAUUGGACAAGUUGUGUUUAGUUCAAAAAGCAUGACGUCUGUCCUCAAAGGCACAGUAACCGGAAACCUCUUAAGCAAAAAUUGCACAACUGUGUUUCAAAAUUUUCCUGUUGGAUUCAAUGAUACUUAUUUCUUCAGACUUCAUGGCCCCGAACCCAUGAUAUACACAUUUACGGAAGGCGUGUACAUCAACGCACAUGCAGGCUUACUCGCUCCUAAUCUGAGCCUUAAUACUGAUGUACUGGAUGUUCGAGAGGGCAACAAUUUAACAUUGACUUGCUCUAUAAUAAUGUCAUGCCCCUCACAGCAGCCUACGAUGAACUGGAGUGUAAUACUGGGACAACUAAUACAUCCAACCAUACAGGUGGAUGAAUUUGGACAGUCAGUGUUGGUUUCCUCUCAGAUGUUCAAUGCAACACCUUUAAAUGACCGACUUAAAGUGUCCUGCUCUCUUGUGUACAUCUUGAAAGGUGUCAGAACAUCAGUCGAGACCAGCAUUACUCUAAAAGUGUUGCAUGCCCCCAAAAACACCAUAGCCAUGGCAAGUCCAUCCGGGCCAGUGUAUGAAGGCAACAUGGUAACAAUGAGCUGCCAGAGUGAUGCCAACCCUGCUGUCCAGCGUUAUGAGUGGUUUAGAGAGAAAGAAAAUGGGACAUUAGUGUUAAAGGCACAUGGACCGAUUCUGACAAUGACUGUGAGCAGUAAUGCUCUGGGUCGGUAUGUUUGCAAGGCCUACAAUAUUUAUGGGACCGACCAAUCGACGGCUGUUGCUGUGGAGCUAAAAAGUUGCCACUGUACCAUUGCACCCUACAUCAUGUGUGGAGUCCUCGCUUGUUUCUUAAUUUUCAUUACUGCAGUGGAUUGGGUCAAAUACAAACGCUUGUUGAAGAGACUUAAGCAGGUUGAAGAUAUGAGAGAAUCCAUGACAUAUACCACCCUCCAAAGGACCAAUGACACCACAGUUUACAAUGAAAUACAGACAAGUCCCAGGGCAGCCGAGGAGGACUAUGAAAAUAAAAAAUGGGUCAAACAUCAUCAGUGAUGAUGAGGAAGAUUUAAAUUCCAAUCCAGCCUGCAUCAUGUUUCCAUUCACAUAUUUCUAUUGUGCAUCAUUUUCCAUAAAGCUGUACUUUUGCCAAACUAUGCCUAAAGUGAACAUGUAUUUUUUGUAUUAAGGAAAUGUAACGUGAUAUUUAUAUGUUAAACGCUUAGACUUAGCAAGAGAAUAGUAAUUGCACAUAUAUUGGUGUUAUAUAGCCUAUCAUAAAGCGUUGAUGGUCAUAUAGUAUUACCUAGUAUUUCUUUUUAAGUUUUCUCUCUCUCUCUCUCACACACACAAACACACACACAUUCUUCACAUUCCAUUAGUCAUUGAAAGCUUGAAAAGCAGAUUAGUGAUGAAAUUGUGACGAAAAUGGAAAUUUCACUCCCUCACCUUUCAGCUUCAUUUGUGUGUAAGAUGCCAAUGCAGUUGUGCAUCAGGGGAAAGUCUUAAUCUGGGGACUAUACACCGUGAGGUCGUCCUUUUUCCGGCUGGACGGUGCAAUAAAGGAAAAUUCAAAAUUUGCAAUAGCUGAUUAAUAUGAAAACCUUUCAACACGAGGAUGAAGAGGAUGAAAAAAUUCCACGACAGGUUAAAACGUUUAUAUAAGGGCAGGCUGACAAACAUCAGACAACCAUCACAAUUUUCCAAACAACUCAUGAUUCUUAAAGGAUGUACAAACGUUCCCUGACUCAUGUAUGAACUCGCUUUUGCUGGUCAAAUGAAAUGUUAUAGUGCCCUACAUCAGUGGCUCUCAAACUGGGGGCUGCGAGAUGGUGCCAGGGGGCCCCAGUUUUAUGACAUUUGAUAAAUUAAUUUAUCCUGAAUUCUGUGCAAUUAAACCUAAAAAAAAAAAUAAGACUACUAACCAACAGCACUACUUUGUAUAAUUUAAUGUUUUGAUUAAUUUAAAGUUGAGUUUUAGAACAGUUUCUUGUCAUAAAUUUUCUUUGGGGGGGGGCCGCAAAGGAAUGCGCCGUACACAAGGGGGCCCCACGCUAAAAAAGUUUGAGAAUCACUGCCUACAUGAUUGACUUUGCCCAUGAGCAUAUAACAUAUGGAAAUUAUUAACUAUAGUGGGUGAUGUAAAUGCUUAAAUAUGUUUUACAUUUUGAUAUUACUCCAGCCAUACACAUGAAACAGAAAGAACAUGUUUUUGGUCUUUAUUUGCUUUUUAACACAUCAGAAUAAUAUGUAAUGCCCAUUAAUGAAGUGCUUUAAGCUUAAUCUGCUACUUUAA